UGGGAAAGCUAAUCCUGACUGGGACUCAUGGCUUUGUAAUGCUAAUGAGCUCCUAUAAAUAGAGGAGCACGACCCUCAUUCCCAACACAACUGACUCGCUCUCCUCAGAGAAACAUCUCUCCAUCUGAAACAAUGGCUCCGACCUACAUGACUGACUACUCUAAACUUUCCAACAAGGAAAAGCAUAAAUUGAGAAAACCAGUGGUGGAGAAGAUGCGCAGAGAUCGCAUCAACAACUGCAUCGAGCAGCUCAAAUCCAUGCUGGAGAAGGAGUUCCACCAGCAGGAUCCAAACACCAAGCUGGAGAAAGCUGACAUCCUGGAGAUGACGGUGGUUUUUAUGAAACAGCAGCUGCAGCCCAAGACCUCGGCUCCACAGAAAGCCCACUUUGACGGCUAUUCCCAGUGUUGGAGGGAGACCGUGAGCUUCUUAUCUGGAAACACCAAGGUGGAUGCUGUACGUCAGCAUCUGAACCACUGCCAAGAAGCCCAGAGAUCAUCUAAAGACCUCACUCACAUGUCUCCAGCUUCCCAUCAGUCCACCAAGGUGAAGCAGGAACCAUGUGCUCACAGACCUCUCUGGAGACCCUGGUAGAUGAUGAAAGACUUUGACAGAAAAACUAGAUGGUGGUUUUACCAUCUCUUAUAUUGUAGGAGAUACACAUUUCCAUUUCUAUGUUCAUUUCAAUUGCUUCAUAUUGAA